AGCAAAGUCAAAGUGCCAUAAAGCGACGUGUGUGAGGGGGGGACGCCCGCUUCCUUAUUCCCGUCAUUCAGCUGGGUGGGAGAAAAAAUCUCAGACCCGAACUGCCUUCUUGGAAGCUGCUGUGAUUAGGUGCCAUCUUCAGAUAGAGAAAAGCUGCUUCGUCAUUCAAGGAGAACUAAAAUGAUCUAUUUUAUUUAAUGGUCAACGUUUGUUCUGAUUUGUCUCUAAAUGUGCCGUUCGCCAGCGUUGUGGACUUUUGAGGCUGAAUACUGACCAGAUUUUGUUAGAAGAUUAAAGGGGUUGUCUUAAUGGUGGUGCUGAGUAAGGGGGAUUAUGUCUGGGUGGACUCCAGCACUGGGGUCCAGAUCGGAGCCCGGGUUAAAGUCACAGAUGGGGAGCAGCUGCAGCUCCUUGAUGAUGAGGGGAAGGAGCUGUGUGUGUCUGAGGGUCAGAGAGCCUCCAUCAAACCCAUGCACCCCACCUCCGUGGAGGGAGUGGACGAUAUGAUUAGACUGGGCGACCUGACCGAGGCCGGCGUUCUGAGGAACCUACUGAUCCGCUACAAACAGGGCAUCAUCUACACCUACAUCGGCUCUGUGCUGGUGGCAGUGAAUCCCUACCAGGUGCUGCCCAUCUACACAGCAGAGCAGGUGCGGCUGUACCACGGACGCAGACUGGGCGAGCUGCCCCCUCACGUCUUCGCCAUCGCGGACAGCUGCUACUAUAAUCUGUGCCGCAACCAGCGCAACCAGUGCUGCGUCAUCAGUGGAGAGUCUGGUGCGGGCAAGACGGAGAGCACUAAGCUGAUUCUGCAGUUCCUGGCUGCAGUGAGUGGUCAGCACUCCUGGAUUGAGCAGCAGAUCCUGCAGGCCAACCCCAUCCUAGAAGCUUUUGGGAAUGCCAAAACUGUCCGUAAUGAUAACUCCAGCCGGUUUGGGAAGUAUGUGGAGAUCUUCUUUAACAAAGAGGGCAUCAUUGAAGGAGCUCACAUCGAGCAGUACCUGCUGGAGAAGUCUCGGGUGUGCCACCAGGCCAAAAUGGAGAGAAACUACCACAUUUUUUAUUGCCUUUUAUCGGGGAUGCCGAAGGAGCAGAAGAACCUCCUGUCACUGGGUGAUGCGACACAGUUCAACUACCUAACUGAGGGCGGCUGCAUUUCGUGCGAAGGACAGGACGAUGCUGAUGAGUUUAGCCGAAUCCGCACGGCUCUCAAGGUCCUCACCUUCACAGAGAAGGAAAGCUGGGAAAUAUUCUGCUUACUAGCUGCCAUUCUGCACCUGGGCAACAUCAGCUUUGAAGCCGGCUCAGAGAAUAACAUGGACAGCUGUGAUGUCUUGCCAUCUAAUCAUUUCACAGUUGCUGCCAAGCUGUUGGAGGUUGAUAAAUUAGCUCUGGACAUGAGUCUGACCCAUCGCACUUUCGUGGCCAACCGAGAGCGACUGACGAAACCCCUGAGCUCAGAGCAGGCGGUGGACUGCAGGGACGCUCUAGCCAAGGCCACCUACAGCAGACUGUUUAUGUGGAUUUUUGGGAAAAUUAACAGCGCCAUCCAUAAAGCCCCGACCGAUGCCUCCUCUACUCCGAGGUCCAUUGGGCUGCUUGAUAUUUUUGGCUUUGAAAACUUCAGCAUGAACAGUUUUGAGCAGCUGUGUAUCAACUACGCUAAUGAGCAGCUGCAGCAGUUCUUUGUGGAGCACAUCUUUAAGCUGGAGCAGGAGGAAUACCUUAAAGAGGGAAUCACAUGGAAAAACAUCUCCUUCACCGAUAACCAGCGCACGCUGGACCUGCUGGCUCUAAAACCCCUCAACGUCCUGGCUCUGAUUGACGAGGAGAGCCACUUCCCCAAGGGCACAGACACCACCUUGCUGAACAAAAUGAACCAGGUACACAGCAGAAGCAAGAUUUAUGUCCUGUCCAGGAGCAACCACAGCAAGCAGUUUGGCAUCCAGCACUUUGCUGGGGUCGUCUACUACGACUGCAAAGGUUUCCUGGAGAAAAACAAAGAUGCCCUGAGUUUGGACAUCAUAACCCUGAUCCAGAAGUCCUCCAGCAAGCUGCUCAAGCUGAUCUUUCAGAAAGAGCUGAGUGCAUGUGUGGCCAAACCUGCCAAAAACAACAACAGCAGGGUCCUUAUUACCCCCAAGAGCUCAUUACGGCAGGGGAAUGACUCGCGGAGGCAGGUGUCCACGCUCAGCAGUCAGUUCAGACACUCUCUGGACUCCCUGAUGAGGGCGCUCUCUCUGUGCGACCCUUUCUUCAUUCGCUGUUUCAAACCCAACGACAACAAGCUGUCCAUGGCCUUCAAUCGCGAGCUGUGCAUGCAGCAGCUCCGCUACUCCGGGAUGCUGGAGACCAUCAAAAUACGCAAGUCAGGAUACCCCAUCCGCCACCGAUUCACCGAGUUUCUGGGACGCUAUCGUGUCCUGCUGAAGACCACGGACUGCGACCCGAACAAGGAGCCUCCGUCAGACUGCUGUGAUGCCAUCUGCAGAGCCGUCAUUCGGGAUGAAGAGGACUGGAGGAUCGGCAAGACCAAAAUCUUUCUCAGGGAUUACCACGACUCCUUUCUGGAGCUGGAGAGAGAGCGGGAGCUCAACAGGAAGGCCCUUAUUAUCCAGAGGUUGAUGCUGGGCCACAAAGACAGGAAGACGUUUCUGAAGAAGAGAAGUGCAGCUCUGACUGUGCAGAAAAACUGGCGAAGUUAUCGAGACCGUAAAGCGUGUGCGAAACUGCUGCAGGGUGUUCUCCGGCUCCAGGCUAUCGUGCAUGGCCGUCAGGACAUCCUGCAGUAUCAGCGCAGACGGGCCGCCGUCGUUACCCUGCAGACACAAACUCGCGUCUUUCUGGCUCGGAAAGGGCUGAAACAAAAACGGGCCGCUGCCGUCCUGCUGCAGGCCCACACCAGAGGACUGCUGGCCAGGAAACAGCUCAAAAGACUCAAGGACGAUGCCAUCUUGUCAGCUCAGGAGAAACAGGCUCAGGAACUGGCUGCCCUGGAGCGCCAGAGGAGACUGGAAGAGGUGCUCAGUCAAUCACAGGACAGCACUAAAGCCACUCAGUCAGAGGAAGCCAGCGAUGAAGAAAUAGUGCAGAACAUCUUUGACUUUCUGCCCAGCCCGGUCGGAGGACUGGAGGGUCCGGCGCCUGAGGGUUUUGAGGAUCUAGAACGAGAACCGCUGGACCUGAAGGAGGUGAAGCAGAGUGAGGAUGUGGUGAAGAUUAUGGUGACUCCACCAGAGGAUGAUGUGCCUGAAAUGGAGGAUGAGGAGGAAGAUGAGUUUUCCUUCUCUAAGUUUGCUGCUCAGUAUUUCCAAGGCUCUGCUACACACGCUCACAUCGAGCAGAGGCUGCGGCAGCCACUGCUGCCCCAUGAGGACGAAGGAGACGCACUGGCAUGUUUAACAGUAUGGUGGAUCAUCUUGAGAUUUAUGGAGGACAUUCCAGAGCCUAGACAGGCUCGUUUGUCUGUAGUUGCUGACUCCAUCCAGAGGAACUUGGGCCAAAGACAAGCACGACGUCUCAGUAACCUGGUUGGAUUAGAUCAGAAAAUGCUGCGGAGAAAGCAGAAACAGCAGAAACAAGCUGACGGACCUGGGAAGAGAAAACACUCUACGAUUCCUGAAGAGUCACUGUUGGAUUCUCGAGAGGACGACGAUGACGUUCUGAUUGGAGAGGGACCCACAUUUGAUCGUCCACUGACACCCUUGGAAAAAUUACACAUCAUUGUAGGAUAUGCCAUCGUUAAACCAAAUAUUAGAGAUGAGAUCUAUUGUCAGAUCUGUAAGCAGCUAACACAAAAUACAAGACAGAGGAGCUGUAACAAUGGCUGGAUCCUUCUGUCUAUCUGCCUGGGCAUCUUCCCUCCAACCGAGCUCUUUACUAAAUACCUGCAGAGCUUUAUCCGCCGUGGGCCCAGUGAGUACUCCUCCAGUUGUGCUGAACGCCUCCAGCGCACUUUAGCCAACGGUGAGAGGAAAGAGGCACCGUGCUGGAUUGAACUACGGGCUGUGCAGAAUAAGGAGCCCAUAUCGGUGGCCGUAGGUCUGAUGGAUGGCCGGACGCUCAACCUGCCUGUGGACUCAGCCAGCACCUCUGCAGAGCUGUGCGACACAAUAGCUCGGAAUAUCAACCUACGGGACACUUUCGGCUUCUCCCUCUACAUCGCCAUCUAUGAUAAGAUAUGGUCUCUGGGCAACAGCCGGAAGCACGUGUUGGAUGCGAUCUCUCAGUGUGAGCAGGAGGAGAGGAGGCAGGGCAAAGAGGAGCAGCACGCGCCCUGGAGACUCUACUUCCGCAAGGAGCUCUUCGCGCCCUGGCACGACUGCACCGCCGACCCCAUGAGCACAGAGCUCAUCUACAAGCAGGUCAUCCACGGCCUGAAGAGCGGAGAGUACCAGUCCGACAAGGAGGAUGAUUACGUGCAGCUGGCAGCAAAACACUAUUACAUCCAGUACGGCUCUGAAAGCAACUUGCAGACUGCCAGGAAGGUGGUGCAGGAAUGUAUAAACCUCAGUCUGAUCGAGCGCAAGUCUGAAGGCAAACUGGCGCAGCUGGUCAGCUCUGCCCACGCACAGGGAGCUUAUGUAAAUUCCAGGGCCAGUGCUGAUACAGUGAAAGCAGAUGUGGUUGGCUAUGCUCGUCUGAAGUGGCCUAUUUAUUUCUCCAAAUUCUUCCAGGCCUCCAAAAUUUCAGGUCCUCCUUUGCCACAGGACGAUUUUGUGGUCGUUGUCAACUAUAGCGGAGUCUCCUUUCAGGAAGAAAAAGAAAAUAUAUUUUUGCAUCUCUCUUACGCUGAGCUGAAAGGAGUCCAAAUACUCAGUGAGGGCAGAACGGGUGAGGUGGUGUGUGUGUCCACGCAUAAAGAGGAGUAUAAACUGAAGGCAGCAGAGGCAACCAGCAUGGCGGAACUGAUCAACAUGUUCCUCACGGGGUUGAAGGAGCGCUCUGUCUAUGCUGUGGCCAUACAGGACAACAACAGACAGGAUGACGCGAUUUUGAGCUAUAGAAAGGGCGAUCUUAUCUGCCUCAUCAAGGAUGGGGAGUACUCUGCCGAGGGAGGCUGGGUUAAAGGACGGAAUGAUAGAACAGGCCAAAAUGGAGCCGUUUCUACAGAUGCCAUCAUGACCCUGGCGACUCUGAGCAGGCCUUCUGAUGAGAUACUGACUCUGCUGAACCCAAGCCAGGGGAAGCCACUGCAAGCCAACUCAGCGUCGAAGGAUGAAAUCAAUACAGAGAGAGUGGCUCACGUUACACUCAAGGAAUUCUCCUUUGAGUAUUUCAGGGAGGCGGGCAAAGUCGCGGGGAGACAGGGCAAAGGGGCCCGAGAGAAGCUGUGGGCCAGAUCCAAAGAACCGCUCAAAAAUCCACUACUGAAGAGUCUGCAGAACAACACCGAACUUAGCCAGCUGGCCUGCCUUUCCUUCUCUGCCAUCCUCAAGUAUAUGGGCGACUACCCGGUCAAAAACGUGCGUACUCCAAUAGAGCUGACAGACCAGAUAUUUGGUCCAGCCUUGCGGCACACUGCCCUGAGAGAUGAGAUCUACUGCCAGAUCAUGAAGCAGAUGACCAGCAACAACAACGGGUUGAGUCUGGAGCGAGGCUGGCAGCUCAUGUGGCUUUGUUGUGGCCUCUUCCCUCCGAGUCAGGCUUUGCUGAGACAUGCUCAGAGGUUCCUGGAGUCCAGAGCCAGAGAGCCUCUGUCUGCUGCCUGCCUGCAGAGACUGAAGGGCAUGCUCAGUAUUGACGCCAGGAAAAUGCCGCCUCACCAGGUUGAGGUGGAUGCUAUUCAGCAAAACAGCUCUCAGAUCUUCCACAAGAUUCACUUUCCCAAUGAAAAGACAGAGAUCCUCGAGGUCACCACUACUACACGGAUCCGUGACCUCUGUCGCAACAUCGCCAAUAAACUGGCACUCUCCUCUGCUGACGGAUACGGCUUAUUUGCGAAAACCACGAACAAGGUAGUGAGCAUGGAUGACCAGCAGUACUUCUUUGACAACUUGAAGCAACUCACAGACGCCCCAAAGAAAGGAAAGAAAGCCAAAGAGGGAGCAACAGCAGUCGUCCCUUAUCUCGUCCUGUUCAUGAGGAAGCUCUGGUUUAAUGUGACCCCUGGGAAGGACCUGAUGGCUGACCUCACCUUCCAUUUCCCUCAGGAGUUGCCGAAGUAUCUGCGUGGCUACCACACUGUAUCUAAGGAGGAGCUAAUAGACCUGGCCGGGCUGCUGUUCAGGGUCAAAGUGGAUACUGACCGGUCUCAGUUCGUCAUGAUUCCAAAAAUGCUGAAGGAUUUAGUGCCAGCGGAUCAGCAGAAGAUCAUGUCUUCUGAAGACUGGAAGAAGCACAUCAUCAACGCAUACAACAGACAGGCGGGCAUCACUGUGGAUGAGGCUAAGGUCAGAUUCCUGAAGAUCAUCUCUCAAUGGCCCACUUUCGGCUGUGCCUUCUUUGAAGUAAAGCAAACGUCUGAGCGGAGUUAUCCCACUAUUAUCAUGAUCGCAAUCAGCAAGCAAGGGGUCACGCUAAGUGACCCCAAAACAAAGGAGGUGCUGGUGAUGUAUCCUUUCAGCAAAAUCACAAACUGGUCCAGCGGCAGCACCUACUUUCACAUGGACAUCGGCAGCCUGGUGAAAGGCAACACACUGCUCUGUGAAACGUCUUUGGGGUAUAAAAUAGACGACCUGCUGAAGUCCUACGUCAGCAUGUAUCAGGACGAGAGGACCAACGCCAUACCCAAACACCAGCUGGGUGCAGAAGAACACUCCAGACUCCAGCACAGACACAUGCCAUUCUUUUUUAACUGAUGGAGUAUUUUAUUUAACUGAUGUACAGCGCUGUGAAAAAGUAUUUGCCCCUCGCCUGAUUUCUUCUAUCUUUGCUAAUUUAUCACAUUUAAAUGUUUCAGAUCAUCCAACCAAUUUUAAUAUAAGAUAA